GCGAAUCUCUCCCGGCAAUCUUCGCAUAAAUUACAAGAAGUUUACGGCGUAUCAACAGUGCCGUGACGAUAUAUGUGCCGUUAGCGGCAGGUUGCCGUCAGUAUACGCCGAGGUUCUUGAACUUUUCCGGGGAUCCGUCUCUAGAACCGAGCCGAAGGAAGGCUCACAGGUUCGGAUCGGCCCAGGUGGGGAUCGGGAUCGUCCUCUGUUAUACGAGACAUCGCCCGGUCAUCACACCUCGAGCAUCCUCCGUGUUGUCCAGACACGUUGUCCCACGUUCUCCAACGUCGUUUCGUCCGCUUUCGUCGCAUCCUCGCGGCACCGGUUACCGCGGUCCUUGGCCCAAUCGCGUUUCCGCGUCUCGUUUAAGAGUCGCAAAAAGUGGUCCGUCGAGCAAGAAACAACUUGGCAAAUUCACGGAUCGGAGCCGAACAGGAAGAAGCAUCCCGCAGUUCCCGAGGUCACCGGUGCUUUGAGUCGAAAUCGAGUAGAAAAGCCAUAAUUAGGAAUCUCGGACUCGAGUCGAGGACAGACUUUGCGAAUAGAAGACAGACCUGGACAGACCGAAGUGUGUCGAGUGGACAAGGCAACUCGACGAGUAGCCGCUCAUCAAUGUUAUCAAUCAACAUGCGCGUGUUCAAGACCGUGCUAAUCGUCGCGUUCUUCGGCGCGAGCGUUCGGGGUUUACCCGUCGCCGACAAGCCGACCGGGUCCAAGAUCGAGUCCGAGAUCAAGACCGAGAUCGUGGCCACCUCGGUGGUACCGCAGGAGAUAGAUGUGACCACGGCCGCGCCGACGUCCAGGUAUCCCGAUACCACCGAUUUCUACGACCAGCGGCAGAACGGUUCGGAGAAUUAUCGCAUCCACGUGGACGGCUUUGUCGUCGUAUUGGCACCGGUCGAGGCCCUGCUCCUGGCCGGUGCCGCUGGUGCCGCUGCUGGUUCCGCUGGCACUACGGAAGUUAAUUUCUCCAUUUCCAAUGAGGGUGCAUCCCCGAUUCAGCCCAUCGGCGAACCGGACAAACCCGCCGUUGACGGUAUCCAUAACAAAACCGAUCUGGCGAUCUCGAAGACAAUACACAGACAACCAGCUGUACGGUUGGCGAACUUCUUGGCGCCCUUGAUACGUGGCAUACGUCAUGUGCGAGGCACGAGCGUGCAUUAAAAUGACUCCUCGACGCUUGCAAUUCCAAUACAUAUAGUGUUCCGCCUACAGCAUAUAUUAAGAAAACGGUAUUUUCCUUCCCUUUCAAUACAGCGGGCGUACAAUCUACGUUUCAAGACUAAUACCUAUUUAAAAUAAGAUACUUAAAAAGAACCAUGCUCUCAUCUCCACAGGGAUAGGAUAUCUGCAUCUACAGGGAUGAUGGACGAGUACUCGUAGAAUAUAAACGAUGUAUGAUCGACGAUCGAAGUCGAUGUCGUACCACGCAUUUAUAUAUAUGGUGUAUCUAGUAUCAAUAAAGAGACGCGCCGAUCGAUAUUAGCGUUAUCCGGCAAGCUCAUUUCUCUCUGUAACUUAAAAGAUGGCUUUUAAAAUACAUAAAAUUGCAAAAGUCACGAUUUCAUUGACCUUAUCCGUACAAUGUAACGGGCGAUUGUGUAUCCACAUAUGUAUUUACAUGUUAAACGAGCUAAAUGCAAUAUUCGCCUUAGCUAUAAUUUCAUUUUGAUUUAGCGCGUUACGGUAUACAAUAUAUUCAUUUGCUUAUAAAACAAUCGUAAAUGUUAGCUGCGAAUUUUCCACGUGCACCGACGUGAUAUAAUCUGCUUCGUAAAGUUAUGUAUACAUGAUAUAAUUAUAUGCAUCUGUCUUUCGA